AUGACCUGCCUUGACGAUGGCGACGCACACAGCUGGAACAACAACGCUGACCUCACAUAUAAUACAGAGAUCUACAACAGGGCCCAAGAGGGCCCAGGAAUCAACCUAACACUCUCUCGGGACGAAGGCAAAGAGACCCUGACAGGGCAGCUGAUGAAACUGAGCAACCGGGUCAUGGGUGCCACACAAGAACUCGAAGGCGCGGUCAUGACUACGUCCUUGACAGUAAACUCCCCGGUCGUGAAUGAAGCGUUCGAAGCUGCGAAUGCUUUAGUGCACAUCAUCAACAAUAUCUCUCUGGCGGACAGUACAUAUGGCUCCUCGCGACCUUUGUCCCGCGAUGAAAACGAGCGACAACUGUCUACCGAAUACAACCCAAUUUUCAUGGCUCUCGCCUCUUACCAGCACGUCCUCGCCCUCUUCCACGCAAUUUGUGACUUUAUCAAGAGGUCCUUGGGGUCCAUAGUUCAAGGAACUGUACUGCAACAACAAACUUUGCACGGCGCUGGGUCGUCCUCUGCGCAAUUCAUCAUGGUUCUGCAGCUUAUCAUGCACCUACUCAACCGUAUAGGUCGCAGCCUUCGAAUGGGGAACCGAGAGAAUACUGACCAACACGAGCUGACGUUCGGGUCUGACGGCAAUGGAGAAAGCGGCAGCUCAGAGAGCAUUGUCGACUCUGCUCAGGUCAUGCUCAAAACCCUACCUGAUGAGCACGUCAAGCUUAGUGAGCUCAUUCAGGAACUUCAAUCUUGCAUAGAGGAAGGACUUUAUGUAUAG